AUGGAGCCCACAAAGGAGCAUUUUCGUCAUAUUUUGAUUUAUUAUUUCCGUAAAGGAAAAAAUGCAGCUCAGGUUGCUAAAAAGUUACGUGAUGUGUAUGGUGACAAAGCCUUAAAAGAAACACAGUGUCAAAGUUGGUUUGUCAAAUUCCGUUCAGGUCGGCCAAGUGCAGUUGAUGAUGACGUCAUCAAGGCUUUAAUCGAAUCGGAUCGUCAUGUAACUGAGCGUGAGAUUGGAGAGAAGUUAAAUAUACCACAAUCAACCAUAAAUGAUCUUAUACGACGUCUUGGGAUGGUAACAUUAGAUGAAUCUGCAUCGUCAACCCAGUCGACGCCUGUACUAAGGCAGCAGCUUAAUGAAAUUAAGGAGAAUAUAUUGAAAGGGAAAUAUACAGUGGUUAUUGAAGCUGGGAAAAGCAAGGUUUGGGAAAUUUUUGGCAAGGUUGAAUAUAGUGGCAGUUUGAGAAGAAACAACACCCAACAAUUUACAGAGUAUGUAAAAUCUCUGGAAACAAUUUUUUACACUGGAAUGUGUAAAUGCGAUUUGAAGGCAGCUUCAUGUGCAUGCGGCUGGGUUGCCGAUCGCCUCAAAGAGUUCAUGCACGAUCAACAUAAUCAGAGAAGACUAACAAUGAAUGCAUUUAUGAUGGAAACUGAAGAGCAAGGAGCAACGUCUAUGUCAUCAAUGCCAACAUACCAAGAUCCCGAUGAUUCAACAUACGCACCGCCACCGGUUCAAGAAGAUAUGGAUAGAAGCACAAGUUCACAAUACACAGAGAGAUACGAUUGUUUUAACUUUGCCUUGGUAUAUGACAGAUUUGGUGUGCCUGACAGAGUAGCAUCAGCAUUGGGAACCGCUCUUUUGCAAGAUUUUAAAAUUAAAGAUAAGCAUGGGAAACCUCUCGUCAUGGAUAAAUCGAAACUUCGCAGAGAAAAAGAGAAAUGCAGACAAGAAGUGCUUCGCAAACGGUUAGAUGAUACCAAUUUGUUAGCGUUUUCAUUCGAUGGCAGAAAAGAUGAUACUUUAACGAUAGAUAAAAUUGAUGAGAAGUAUCAUACUAGGAUGGUAAAAGAACCUCAUCUUGUUAUUUUGAGAGAACCAAAUUCUGAAUUGAUUGGUUACGUAAGACUGGAACAUGAAACCGCUGAAUACAAAACAACCAAAUUAAAUGGUUUUUUCAACGAUAAAAAUAUAUCACUGGAUACAUUAAUUGGAAUAUGCACUGACGGUGAGCCAACAAACACUGGCCCACACGGUGGAAUUAUAUGA